UGUUGCCACCAUCAAACCCAAGCCGGUACACACCUGUUCAACCCUCGUCUCUUUCAUUUCCUCGAGCUGAUUUGUUCGUGCGGUCAUUCUGUAGAGGCUAGAGCAGUCGUAUAUCUUUGGGCAACGCGGCCGGCAUGUCUUCUUACGGUGGCUUCGAGUACGGCGGCGGAGGCGGGGGCUUCGAUGGAGGCGGCGGCGGCGGUGGCGGCGGCUUCGGGUCUCCCGGCGGGGGAGGCGGGGGCUUCAUGGGCGGGGGAGGCACGGACAGCCCGGCGGGCGGGGGCGGGGGCGGCAGCGGCGGCGGGGGUCAGAAAAACAAGGAGCAGCAGUCCCUCCUAUCGGUCAACAUCAAACAGGUACUCGAGUCGGAGAUGGCCAACCAGGACUCGGGCGCCAAGAUCGACGGGGCCGACGUGUCUCAGAUCAAGCUGGUGGGGUGUAUCGUGGAGGUGGACGAGGCCUCGACCAACACGGAGUACACGGUCGAGGACACCACCGGCCGCCUCAAGGUGAAGAUGUUUCACAACGACGGGGAGGGGGCGAACGACCGCGCCGCGGAGAAGCGCGCGCGCUGCCAGGUCGGGACUUACGUGCGGGUCUUCGGCAACGUGAGAUCCUGGAAGGACGACCGCCACUCGGUGGCGUACACGAUGACCCCGAUCACCGACAUGGACGAGGUGACGCUGCACGCCCUCGAGACGAUCUACACACACCUCUUCAACACCAAGGGCCCCCUGCCGGGCAAGGCUUCCACGUUUGGGGGUGCGGGCGUGGCUCAGCCAAUGAACGGCGUUGGCUCCCCCGGGUUCAACGGCGGCAGCAGCCAGCAUGGCUUCACCAGCCCAGGGAACAACAGUAACAACAACAACAACAACAACAUGUACAACAACAGCAACAUGGAUCCGGAGGGCUCGAAAGGCUUCACUCCGAUCCAACAAAAGGUUCACGACCAGUUCUUGGGAGCGGAUGAGGAGCAAGGCAGGAGCAUCGCCGAAGUUGCCGAUUCGCUCACUCGGGAAGGGAUCUCGAGGACGGACGUCUCGACCGCGGUACAGUUCCUUUCUUCGGAGGGCCACCUGUACUCAACGAUCGACGACGAUCACUACCGCUCCACAGAGACGUGAUUGAUUUUAAUUGUACAGAACAGUAGACAGUACACGAUCAACGUAGUUGUUGGCGGGGUCUUGGUCAGUGCAGUAGGUGCUGGCGUUCAACCAGUUGGUUGGUCGGAAACAAGGCGCACAUGUGGCCAGGGUGGUUGCUGCAACUCUUGCGUGUUGUUCAAUCAACCUGUGAGCAAGACGGCCGGGCGGGUGCGGCAACGGAGGGUGUAGCAGUAGCCCUGAUCGGGUGUAGUCAAUCAACCGUUGCAGGACGGCACAGAAUAGAAAGGUUAACAUUUCGUUGCCUGUAUUGUAUGGUCUUUUGGGCCUUUAUUCCUCUACCCUCCCUCCCGUUUUCCCUCGGACCUUGGCAGCAUGAGCAACAUGAUCCGUCUCUUUGCUGCACAACAGUGCGGCGGGCGCUCACCCACAUUUGCUCAGCCGUGUGGCGUUUUACUGCGUGACUGGUUGCUUUUUGCUUGUGGCAGGGGAGAGACUUGGGGCGAGAGCUUGGGUGCUGGCGUUCAUGUAGGCAUCGCUCAGACUCGCUCGCGAAUCCGUCUUGUGCGUGCUUGAUCGAGCGUAGACUUGGUGUCAGUCGUGCGCAGUCUGUAGAGUCUUUAACUGCCCCCCCGUGUUACGGUUUCCAGGACAGGAGCGGGAGUUGAGGGCCACUUUUGGCGGGCCGCAGCAUCCGCUGCUGCCGGAUGCGUGCUGAGGGAUCACCGGUCUGUUGUUGUUCACUCCGCUGUCGUUGCGUCCAUCGUUAGUUAGCUGUGUUGCCGAACGCGUUUUCGGCAGGGGGACGGUUGUCUUGUUGCUUUUCUCGUCGACAAAGUGUAGCUCUCAACCGACCAUUUUGCAGCCUAUCUGUGGGCCCGAGCGAAUCUACGAAAAUGUUAAUAGC